AUGCUACAAUCCGACAAAUUUGACGUUUUGGAGGAAGCAUACGAUGGUGGCCUUCCUUUGAGCGUCGACGUAGCUGGAUUUGGCACUUCGUCCUCCAAGACCCAGUUUUGGGCCGAUUCCAUUCCACAAAAACAAGGUCUGUACGAUCCAGAAUACGAGCGCGACGCUUGUGGUGUGGGUUUCGUUGCCAACAUCAAGGGAGUACCUUCACACAAAAUUGUUUCCGAUGCUCGUUACUUGCUGUGUAACAUGACGCACAGAGGUGCAGUCUCUUCAGGUGGGAACGGUGACGGUGCCGGUAUCCUGGUUGGAAUCCCUCACGAAUUCAUGAAGCGCGAAUUCAAGCUAGAGCUUGACAUCGACGUACCAGCCAGGGGCCAGUACGCCGUGGGCAAUUUUUUCUUCAAAAAAGACUCCACCGAUGCUCUAGACGUUGGAAAACGUGUUUUCGAAGAAAUUGCAUUGUCUUUGGGACUUACAGUGUUGGGCUGGCGGUCAGUUCCCCGCGACUCGUCUUUAUUAGGCGCCGUCGCUCUUUCGCGCGAGCCUGCUAUUUUACAGCCACUAGUUGUACACACUGCGGCUCAUCAAGAACAUCGUCAAAUCUCCGACGAGGAAUUCAAGUCCAAAUACGACGUGGAGUUCCAAACUUUUCUAUACAGUCUGCGGAAAAAAGCAACAUCUGCGAUUGGUAUCCAAAAUUGGUUCUAUGCCUGUUCUUUGAAUACCAAAACAAUUGUUUACAAAGGUCAACUGACUCCAACCCAGGUGUAUCACUAUUAUCACGAUUUGACCAAUGCUCAUUUCGAAUCUCAUAUGGCUUUAGUACACUCUCGUUUCUCCACAAACACCUUCCCAUCUUGGGACAGAGCCCAACCACUGCGGUGGAUUGCGCACAACGGUGAAAUCAAUACUCUGCGUGGUAACAAGAACUCGAUGCGGUCGCGCGAAGGUGUCAUGUCCUCUGAAACGUUCAAAGAAAACCUUGAGCAGCUUUAUCCUAUUAUUGAGGAGGGCGGUUCUGACUCUGCGGCUCUAGACAAUGUCUUGGAACUGUUAGUGAUCAACGGUGCGCUAUCCUUGCCAGAGGCUAUCAUGAUGAUGGUUCCAGAGGCUUAUCAUAAAGACAUGGACUCAAACUUGAAGGCUUGGUUUGAUUGGGCCGCAUGCCUCAUGGAACCUUGGGAUGGCCCUGCUCUUUUAAACUUUACCGAUGGACGCUACUGUGGUGCGAUGCUUGACAGAAAUGGUCUUCGGCCUUGCCGUUACUACAUAACCUCUGAUGAUCGCGUCAUUUGCGCCUCUGAGGUUGGUGUUAUUCAAGUCGACAAUUCGUUGAUCGUCCAAAAGGGAAAACUGAAGCCAGGCGACAUGCUUUUGGUUGACACGGAGCUCGGGCAAAUGGUAGACACCAAAAAAAUGAAGUCUCAAUUUGCCAAGAAGCAGGACUUCAAGUCAUGGCUUUCCAAGUUAAUCAAGAUAGAGGAUUUACUUGUGAAAACUGAAAAGUACGCAUCCAAAACAUUUUUGAGCGAAGAACACUCAUCUUUGAAAGCUCAACAAGAUCCCAGACUUCUAGCACUAGGCUACACGUUUGAGCAGGUGUCUAUGGUGCUUGUUCCCAUGGCUCUCGGGAGCAAGGAAGCACUUGGAUCCAUGGGAAAUGAUGCUCCCUUGGCAUGUUUGAAUGAAGAUCCGGUCCUGUUUUAUGAUUAUUUCAGACAACUUUUUGCUCAGGUAACUAACCCUCCUAUCGACCCCAUUCGUGAAGCUAACGUUAUGUCUUUAGAAUGUUACGUGGGUCCUCAAGGUAAUCUCCUAGAGAUUCAUCCAUCCCAGUGCGACCGGCUGCUUUUGAAGUCUCCUAUUCUCCAUUGGAAAGAGUACGAGGCUAUUAAGAACAUUGAGAAAGCUCAUCCAACCUGGUCGACGGCUAACAUUGAUAUCACAUUUGAGAAGUCACAAGGCCUACUCGGCUACACCACUGCAUUAGACCGCAUAACUCAAGAUGCAUCUGAUGCUAUCGAUCAAGGCAAGCGUAUCCUAAUGCUUUCCGAUAGAAGGCUGGGCGCUGACCGUGUCCCUUUAUCGUCUUUGAUCGCUGUCGGUGCUAUCCAUCAUCAUUUGAUAAGGAACAAGCAACGUUCGCAAGUCGCAUUGAUCUUAGAAACUGGAGAAGCCAGAGAAGUUCACCACUUCUGUGUCCUUCUAGGUUAUGGCUGUGACGCCAUCUUUCCUUACUUGGCAAUGGAAACUCUUGUGAGAAUGAAUCAAGAGGGGCUGGUCCGCAAUGUUGACAACGAAGACCUUGUCAUCGACGAUAACAAGCUGUUGGAAAACUACAAGCACGCCGUCGACGGUGGCAUACUGAAGGUCAUGUCGAAGAUGGGCAUUUCCACACUAGCUUCCUAUAAGGGUGCACAAAUUUUCGAGUCUCUGGGUAUCGACAAUACCGUAGUAGAUCUGUGUUUUGCAGGAACCGCCUCUAGAAUUCAAGGUGUUACAUUUGAGUACAUUGCGCAGGAUGCCUUUUCGAUGCACGAACGUGGAUUUCCAAGCAGGAAAACCAUUACCAAGUCAGUCAACCUACCAGAGAGCGGUGAGUAUCACUGGAGAGAUGGCGGAGCCAAGCACAUAAAUGACCCUACGGCCAUCGCAUCCCUUCAAGAUUCCGUUCGCAAUAAAAAUGAGAAUGCUUGGGAAAUGUAUGUGAAGAAGGAAAUGGAAGCCAUAAGAGAUUGUACUUUGAGAGGACUGCUAGAACUAAAUUUUGAUGACGCAACGCCAAUUCCACUCGAGCAGGUGGAGCCCUGGACGGAGAUCGCUAGGAGAUUUGCAACAGGUGCCAUGUCUUAUGGCUCGAUUUCUAUGGAGGCCCAUUCGACCUUGGCGGUUGCGAUGAAUAGACUUGGCGCCAAAUCUAACUGUGGUGAAGGUGGUGAAGACUCCGAGCGCAGCAUUGUACAUGCCAAUGGCGACACGAUGAGGUCAGCCAUCAAGCAGGUCGCUUCCGCGCGUUUUGGUGUCACUUCACACUACUUGUCGGAUGCAGAUGAAAUCCAAAUAAAGAUUGCUCAAGGGGCCAAACCUGGUGAAGGUGGUGAAUUGCCGGCGCAUAAAGUAUCUCCAGAUAUUGCUAAGACCAGGCAUUCUACCCCUUACGUGGGCCUCAUUUCUCCGCCUCCUCACCAUGAUAUAUACUCUAUCGAGGAUUUGAAACAGUUGAUCUAUGAUCUCAAAUGUUCAAAUCCGAGAGCAGGCAUAUCUGUGAAGCUGGUAUCUGAAGUUGGUGUUGGAAUCGUUGCUUCUGGUGUGGCAAAGGCCAAGGCUGAUCACAUCCUCGUAUCCGGCCACGACGGUGGCACUGGUGCGUCGAGGUGGACAGGUAUCAAGUAUGCCGGUUUGCCUUGGGAGUUAGGUCUUGCCGAGACGCAUCAAACCCUGGUUUUGAAUGACUUGAGACGUAAUGUUGUUGUCCAAACCGAUGGUCAACUUAGAACCGGUUUUGAUAUCGCAGUUGCCGUUCUGUUAGGGGCUGAAUCUUUUACUUUGGCUACCGUGCCUCUUAUUGCCAUGGGAUGUAUCAUGUUAAGGAAAUGCCAUCUUAAUGCAUGCGCUGUCGGCAUCGCCACACAGGAUCCACUACUAAGAGAGAAAUUUAAAGGUCAGCCCGAACAUGUCAUCAACUUCUUUUACUACUUGAUUCAGGACUUGCGUAAAAUCAUGGCAAAGUUAGGAUUCCGUACUAUUGAUGAAAUGGUGGGACAUUCAGAGAAAUUGAAGAAGCGAGAAAACGUCAACACCAAAGCCAUCAACAUUGACCUUUCCCCAAUUUUGACGCCUGCUCAUGUUAUCCGCCCAGGUGUCGCAACAAAAUUCACUAAAAAGCAAGACCAUAAGCUGCAUACGCGUUUGGACAACAAACUGAUCGAUGAAGCCGAAGUAACACUGGAUCGCGGUCUCCCUGUCAACAUUGAUGCCUCAAUAAUCAACACAGAUCGUGCUUUGGGUGCCACUUUGUCUUACAGAAUAUCCAAGAAGUUCGGUGAAGACGGGCUUCCCCAAGACACCGUCGUCGUUAACAUCGAAGGUUCUGCCGGUCAGUCCUUCGGUGCCUUCUUGGCCUCAGGAGUAACUUUUAUCUUGGAUGGUGAUGCCAACGAUUAUGUUGGAAAAGGACUUUCUGGUGGACGCUUAGUUAUUAGGCCACCACCAGGCUCCAGCUUCAAGAGCGACGAGAAUGUGAUCGUGGGUAAUACCUGCUUCUAUGGUGCUACUACCGGUACCGCGUUCAUUUCCGGUGUUGCUGGAGAACGUUUUUGCGUGCGUAAUUCAGGUGCCACCAUAGUUGUUGAAAGAAUCAAGGGUAACAACGCUUUUGAGUACAUGACAGGUGGACGUGCCGUUGUUCUUUCUCAGAUGGAAUCCUUGAAUGCCUUUUCAGGUGCCACUGGCGGUAUUGCAUACUGUCUGACCUCGGAUUACGAUGAUUUCGCUGGAAAAAUCAACUUGGAAACCGUUGAGCUACAAAACUUAGUUGAUACCGUGGAGAUCGCAUUUGUUAAAAACCUAAUUCAAGAGCACUUCAACUACACGAAGUCUGAACUUGCUGCCAGAAUUUUGGGUAAUUUUAACCACUAUUUAAAGAACUUCGUCAAAGUGAUUCCGACUGAUUACAAAAAGGUUUUGGAGAAGGUGUCAGUUGAGAAGAUCAAGCAGAAGGAAGCAAAUACGGCGAAAUUCUUGAAAAAGUUCAAUUCCGGCACUGAUUUGAAAGCGGAUGCUACUAACGGCGAGGUUGACGGUAUAAGAGACUCUAGAAUCAAAGCUUCAACUACCAGCCACAAAGCGACGCUAGCAGAACCGAAAGUACAGGAUUUAGAAGACGCCGUUCAGAACACUGACCAACUAGAAAAAAAUGUGGAGAAAAUUGAGAAAACUCGUGGGUUCAUGUUGUACAAGGUUCGUCACGAGAAGUAUCGCGGCUCUAAUUCGCGUACGAAGGAUUGGAAAGAGCUAUCUAGCUGCCUAACAAAAAAAGAUGCCAAAUACCAGACUGCCAGAUGUAUGGAUUGUGGUGUUCCCUUCUGUACUGCUGACACUGGCUGUCCAAUUUCCAAUGUUAUUCCCAAAUUCAACGAACUUGUUUUCAAAAAUCAAUGGAAGCUCGCUCUGGACAAACUGCUAGAAACGAACAAUUUCCCUGAAUUCACUGGUCGUGUGUGCCCGGCACCUUGUCAAGGCUCAUGUACUUUGGGUAUCAUUGACGAUCCCGUUGGUAUCAAGUCUAUUGAGCGUUUGAUCAUCGAUAAUGGUUUCAAAGAGGGGUGGAUCAAGCCCCAAAUCCCAGAGUUCAAGACGGGUCGUACAGUUGCAGUAAUUGGUUCUGGUCCAGCAGGUUUGGCAUGUGCUGAUCAGCUAAACAGGGCAGGCCAUUCUGUGACCGUUUAUGAAAGAGCUGACCGCUGCGGCGGUUUGCUGAUGUAUGGGAUUCCAAACAUGAAGCUUGACAAAUCAAUUGUUCAACGCCGUAUCGAUUUAAUGGCUGCCGAGGGUGUAAGCUUUAUCAACAAUGUGGAAAUAGGAAAAGACAUUUCAAUCGAAGAACUAAAAAAUGCGCAUCAUGCCAUAGUCUACGCGAUUGGUUCCACAAUUCCUAGGGAUUUGAGAAUACCGGGACGUGAAUUGAAGAACAUCGAUUUUGCUAUGUCGUUGUUGACAGCCAACACUAAGGCGCUGCUGAACAAGGACUUGGAAAUUAUUCGUCAACAGAUCGCUGGUAAAAAGGUCAUCGUAAUUGGGGGUGGUGAUACUGGUAACGACUGUCUGGGUACUUCGGUCAGACACGGUGCAGCUUCCGUCUUAAACUUCGAGCUUUUGCCUCAACCACCUAAUGAGCGCUCAAAGGACAAUCCUUGGCCACAAUGGCCUCGGGUCAUGAGAGUUGACUACGGUCACGCAGAAGUUAAGGAGCAUUACGGGAGAGACCCUCGCGAGUACUGUAUUCUCUCGAAAGAAUUUAUUGGAAAUGAAGACGGUGAAGUAAAGGCUAUCAAAACCGUACGGGUGGAGUGGAAAAAAUCAGAGUCUGGUGUCUGGCAGAUGGUUGAGGUCCCAGGCAGCGAAGAAAUUUUUGAGGCCGAUAUUGUGCUUUUGUCGAUGGGUUUCGUGGGUCCAGAAUUAUUCGAGGAUCCUGACCUUGUGAAGACUAAGCGGGGAACGAUCGGUACAUUGACUGAUGCUUCAUACUCGGUGGACGGUGGUAAAAUCUUCACUGCCGGUGACUGCAGACGUGGUCAGUCUUUGAUUGUGUGGGCCAUCCAGGAAGGUAGAAAGUGCGCUACUUCUGUUGACAGCUUCUUGAUGGGCUCCACUAACCUUCCAGGAAACGGGGGUAUUGUGAAGCGUGACUACAGGCUAUUGGAAGAAUUGGCAUCGACUGUCGGCGCCUGA